UGCCGUAGUUGUCAGUGCAUACUUCCUCCUCGGGGCGAAUGAAAGAAGAUGUUUGUUAUUGUGUGACUGUAUUAAGGCAUUUUUAAACAUGUCUCUGAAUGGAGGGGGAAGCAGAGGAUUUUACUUCAACACCGUCUUGUCUUUGGCACGGUCGUUGGCAGCUCACCGGCAGGCGCCGAUAGAAAAGGUCCAGAAGCUGCUAUGCAUGUGUCCCGUGGACUUCAGAGGAGUCUUCCAGCUGGAUGAGAGGAGGAGAGACGCUGUCAUUGCACUCGGCAUCUUUCUGGUUGAGUCAAACCUGCAGCAUAAAGAUACUAUUGUCCCCUACCUGCUUGGGUUGCUUAAAGGGCUUCCUAAAGUUCAGUGGAUUGAAGAAAGCUCCGAACGCAAAGGAAGGGAGAUCCUUCCUGUCGCAGAGAACUUCACCUUUGGUCUUGUAACACUACUCUCAGACGUUGCCCAACGUGAUGAGACCUUCAGAGGACAGAUCCUGGAGGCGGUCAUGGACAUCAUGCAGGUCCUGCAAGAUAUCUGCAAGAAUCCAGAGGUUCAUGAUAAAGAAUACCUGUGCAGGUACACUGUGCCCACCCUGCUCGGUGUUGCCCGAGCUUUUGGCCGAUACAGCAACACCGACGAGCCGCUGCUGUCCAAGCUGUUCCCCCGACCGGUUGCUCCCGUGCCGCCUACGGCCGAUGAUAGCGAUGCGACGCGCCGACGGUCCUUCAACGACUUCCGCUCCAUCCUGCCGAGCUCUUUGCUCACGGUGUAUCAGGAAGACACUCUCAAACGUAAAGGCUCCAGCCAACAGGCCAGUCCAGAGAGAGAAUGUCUGACCCCCAUUUCACCUGCCGACGCCUCUGCACAGUACUUUGAGGGCUCCUACCUCCCUGAUGGCAGCUCAGUGGACCCCGAGUACUACUUCUCCACCAUCAGCUCCAGCUUCUCCGUCUCCCCUCUUUUCACCGGAAGCAGCUCUGGAGAGUUUCACGUCCCUCUGGAUAUGCUCCGACAGCUCCUUCAAAUGGUUGAACUAUUUGUCUCGGAGUCAUUUCUAAAAUCACUGGAUGACUCCUUGGCAGAACUUCUGGAGUUGACUCCUGGUCUUCGUCUCUACUACAAAACCUUCAGUGAUUCUCUGUAUGUGGCCAUAUUUAAAAUGCUAAGAGACACUCUGUACAAUUUAAAAGACCUUCAGACAGACUUUGUGAAGGAGGUUCAUGACUUUGUGCUGGAGCAGUUCAGCAGCAGCCAGUCGGAGCUGCAGAGGAUCCUGCACGAUGUCGAGUACCUCCACAGUGAACUGAGCCCGCUUAAACUGCGCUGUCAGGCCAACGCCGCCUGCGUGGACCUCAUGGUGUGGGCGGUUACCGAAGAGCAGGGAGCUGAGAACCUUUGCACCAAACUAUCAGAGAAGCUGCAGUCCAAGACGUCCAGUAAAGUCAUCAUCGCUCACAUGCCGCUCCUCAUUUGCUGCUUACAGGGCUUGGGUCGUCUGUGUGAGCGCUUCCCUGUGGUGGCCCACUCUGUCACCACGUCACUGAGAGACUUCUUGGUGGUGCCCUCACCUGUUCUGGUGAAGCUGUACAAAUACCACAGCCAGUACACUCCAGCUGCUGGUGAAAUAAAGAUCCAUGUAACCAACGAACAUUCCCAGUCCACACUCAGUACCCAGAGCAAGAAGAGCCAGCCCUCCAUGUACGAACAGCUGCGGGACAUCUCCAUCGAUAACAUCUGCAGGUGCCUGAAAGCCGGACUAACUAUGGAUAAUGUCAUUGUCGAAGCUUUUCUCGCCAGUCUGUCUAACCGUCUCUACAUCUACCAGGAAAACGAUAAGGACGCUCACUUGAUCCCAGAUCACACCAUCAGGGCGUUGGGUCACAUCGCUGUGGCUUUACGGGACACCCCCAGAGUAAUGGAGCCCAUCCUCCAGAUCUUACAGCAGAAGUUCUGUCAGCCUCCCUCCCAGCUAGACGUCCUCAUCAUAGACCAGCUUGGCUGCAUGGUCAUCACAGGCAAUCAAUACAUCUACCAGGAAGUGUGGAAUUUGUUCCAGCAGAUCAGUGUCAAAGCCAGCUCCAUGGUCUACUCUAACAAAGACUACAAGGACCAUGGAUACAGACAUUGUUCCUUGGCUGUGAUAAAUGCUCUGGGUAACAUAGCAGCCAACCUGCAGGCUGAGCAGAUGGUCGACGAGCUGCUGGUCAACCUGCUGGAGCUUUUUGUUCAGCUGGGCUUAGAGGGGAAGAGAGCCAGUGAGAGAGCCCCAGACAAAGGCCCAGCUCUAAAGGCAUCAAGCAGUGCUGGAAACCUCGGUGUCCUAAUUCCAGUUAUUGCAGUGCUGACUAAAAGGUUGCCACCAAUUAAGGAAGCAAAGCCGCGUCUGCAGAAGCUCUUCAGGGACUUUUGGCUCUACUCCGUUGUCAUGGGAUUUGCUGUUGAAGGCUCAGGUCUGUGGCCAGAGGAAUGGUACGAGGGAGUUUGUGAGAUUGCGACCAAAUCGCCGCUGCUCACAUUUCCCAGCGGGGAACCUUUACGCUCAGAGCUGCAGUACAACUCUGCACUGAAGAACGACACUGUCACUGCGGGGGAGCUGAAUGAUCUGCGUAGCACCAUCAUCAACCUGCUGGAUCCUCCGCCGGAGGUGGCUGCGCUCAUCAACAAACUGGACUUUGCCAUGUCCACAUAUCUGCUGUCUGUUUACAGAUUGGAAUACAUGAGGAUGCUGCGCGCUCUGGACUCUGAGCGCUUUCAGGUCAUGUUCCGAUACUUUGAAGACAGAGCGAUACAGAAGGAUAAAUCUGGCAUGAUGCAGUGUGUGAUUGCCGUUAGCGACAAGGUUUUUGAGGUCUUUCUGCACAUGAUGGCUGACAAACCAAAGACCAAAGCCCAUGAGGAGGAGCUGGAACGCCACGCUCAGUUCCUCUUGGUCAACUUCAACCACAUCCACAAGAGGAUCCGCAGAGUGGCUGACAAAUAUUUGUCUGGCCUGGCUGAAACUUUCCCCCACUUGUUAUGGAGCGGCCGUGUGUUGAGGACCAUGUUAGACAUCCUGCAGACGCUUUCCCUCUCACUCAGUGCAGACAUUCAUAAAGACCAACCCUUUUACGACAUCCCCGACACGCCCUACAGAAUCACUGUCCCAGAUACAUACGAAGCCAGAGAGAGCAUCGUGAAGGAUUUUGCUGCCCGUUGUGGGGAGAUCCUUAAAGAGGCUAUGAAGUGGGCGCCAUCUGUGACCAAAUCACACCUGCAGGAGUAUCUGAACAAACAUCAGAACUGGGUGUCUGGUCUCUCUCAGCACACUGGCCUGGCCAUGGCCACAGAAAGCAUCCUGCACUUCGCUGGUUACAACAGACAGAGCACCACACUGGGGUCCACUCAGCUGUCUGAGAGGCCAACCUGUGUGAAGAAGGACUACUCCAACUUCAUGGCUUCCCUCAACCUCAGGAACAGAUUCGCUGGAGAGGUAUCGGGUAUGAUCCACUUCACUCAGGCAGUUCGAGGACAUUGCGAUCUGAGCCGGAUGAUGGUCAAGGAGAUGGGGGAGGCUUUAGACUCUACGCAGCCGGAAGCUUUCACCGAGUCCAUGUUCAAACUGGCCGCAUUGCUCAUCAGCUCCAAAGACUGCGACCCUCAGCUCCUGCACCACCUCUGCUGGUCUCCUCUCAAGAUGUUUACAGCGCACGGCAUGGAAACGGCUAUUGCUUGCUGGGAGUGGCUGCUGGCAGCUCGUGUUGGAGUGGAAGUACCGUUUAUGCGAGAGAUGGCGGGAGCGUGGCAGAUGACUGUGGAGCUUAAGAUGGGCUUGUUCUCAGACGCUCAGGUGGAGGCUGAUCCUCUGGCUGCAUCAGAGGAAAGUCAGCCUGUCCCCUGCCCUCCAGAUGUUAUCCCUCACCAAAUAUGGAUCGAGUUUCUAGUCCAGAGGUUUGAGAUAGCAAAGUAUUCCAGCGCAGAUCAAGUGGAGAUCUUCGGCAGUUUGCUUCAACGCUCGAUGUCUCUCAACGUCGGGGGGGCUAAGAGUAGCCUCAACCGACACGUCGCUGCCAUUGGACCUCGUUUCAGGCUGCUGACUCUGGGUCUAGCUCUGCUCCACUCUGACGUCCUCACAAAUUCAACUGUUAGAAAUGUGCUCAGAGAGAAAAUCUACUCUACAGCCUUUGAUUACUUCAGCAUCGCUCCAAAGUUCCCCACCCAAGGUGACAAGCAACUCCGCGAGGACAUCAGCAUCGUAAUCCGUUUCUACGCCAGCAUCCUGUCCGACAAGAAAUACUUGGCAGCGUGCCACUUGGUCCCACCUGGUGAGCUUGGUACUAUCCCAGCCCCGAGCACGCUCUCUGCCGGGAUAUUUGGAUCGCUUAUCGUGUCCAGCACUUCUCCUCUUUCUAUCUUAAAUAAUCAGGACCCGUCCCUGAACAGUCUGUCGGUGAUGAACGCCGCCGACCUCAGGAGCAACAUGGACUCCAGUGCUCGCUCCCAGCAGAGCGGCCAGGGAUGGAUCAACACCUACCCGCUGUCUAGUGGCAUGUCCACCACAUCCAAGAAAUCAGGAUUGUCCAAGAAGAGCAACAGAGGAACGCAGCUCCACAAAUACUACAUGAAACGCAGGACUCUGUUGCUGGCUUUACUGGCCAGUGAGAUCGAGCGCUUGACGACUUGGUACAACCCCCUCUCCACUCAGGAACUGGCAAUCGCCACGGAGCAGUCGGUGGAAACCAGCAUCGCCAACUGGAGGUCCAAAUACAUCAGUCUGACGGAGAAACAGUGGAAGGACAACGUCAACCUGGCCUGGGGUAUCGCACCCUACCUAGCUAUGCAGUUACCAACCAGAUUUAAGAAUGACGCCAUUGUUGCUGAAGUGACCAGGUUGGUGCGACUGGACCCCGGAGCUGUCAGUGAUGUUCCUGAGGCCGUCAAGUUCCUGGUGACGUGGCACACUAUUGACGCCGACUCUCCUGAGCUGAGCCACAUCCUGUGCUGGGCUCCAGCAGACCCGCCCACUGGUCUGUCCUACUUCAGCAGCAUGUACCCUCCUCAUCCUCUCACCGCUCAGUACGGGGUUAAAGUGCUGCGCUCCUUUCCUCCAGAUGCCAUCUUGUUCUACAUUCCUCAGAUUGUUCAGGCUCUCCGUUAUGACAAGAUGGGUUAUGUGAGAGAGUACAUCCUGUGGGCGGCUCAGAAGUCUCAGCUGCUCGCCCACCAGUUCAUCUGGAACAUGAAGACUAACAUCUUCAUGGACGAGGAGGGACACCAGAAAGACCCCGACAUCGGGGAGCUGUUGGAGCAGAUGGUGGAGGAGAUCACCGGUUCUCUGUUGGGUCCGGCCAAAGACUUCUACCAGAGAGAGUUUGACUUCUUCAACAAGAUCACCAACGUGUCCGCCAUUCUUAAGCCGGUUCCAAAGGGAGAGGAGAGAAAAAGAGCCUGUCUCAAAGCUCUGUCGGAUAUCAAAGUCCAGUCAGGCUGUUACCUACCAAGUAACCCUGAAGCCAUAGUGCUGGACAUCGACUACAAGUCUGGAACACCCAUGCAGAGUGCUGCCAAGGCGCCCUACCUGGCCAAGUUUAAGGUGAAGCGCUGCGGGGUGAGUGAACUGGAGAGGGAGGGGCUCCGCUCUACCACGGACUGUCUGGAGGACGGAGAGGAGAACCCAGACGGAUCGCGCAGGAUUUGCUGGCAGGCUGCCAUCUUUAAAGUGGGAGACGACUGCAGACAGGACAUGCUCGCUCUGCAGAUCAUUGGACUCUUUAAGAAUAUUUUCCAGCUGGUAGGCCUGGAUCUGUUUGUCUUCCCCUACAGAGUGGUGGCCACUGCACCGGGGUGUGGCGUGAUCGAGUGCAUCCCAGACUGCAAGUCCAGAGACCAACUCGGCAGACAGACAGACUUCGGGAUGUACGAUUACUUCCGUAACCAGUACGGCGAUGAAUCCACCCUGGCCUUCCAGAAGGCUCGGUAUAACUUCAUCCGCAGCAUGGCCGCCUACAGCCUUCUGCUGUUCCUGCUGCAAAUCAAAGACAGACACAACGGCAACAUCAUGCUGGACAGCAAAGGACACCUUAUCCACAUAGACUUCGGCUUCAUGUUUGAGAGCUCUCCUGGAGGUAACCUGGGCUGGGAGCCGGACAUCAAGCUGACCGACGAGAUGGUGAUGAUCAUGGGGGGCAAGAUGGAGGCCACGCCCUUCAAAUGGUUCAUGGAGAUGUGUGUCAGAGGAUAUCUGGCCGUACGACCCUACAUGGAUGCAGUGGUUUCUCUAGUGACCCUCAUGUUGGACACUGGACUGCCAUGUUUCAGAGGACAGACCAUCAAACUCCUCAAAGGACGGUUUAAUCCUCAAAUGAGCGAGAAAGAAGCAGCAGCCUUCAUCAUCAAAGUCAUCCAAAGCUGUUUCCUCAGCAGCAGGAGCAAAACGUACGACAUGCUGCAGUAUUACCAGAACCAAAUCCCGUACUGAAAGUCUCUUUUGCCGGACCUCAGCUGUACUGUACGUCCAAUACAAACGUCUCUACACAAGCAAUGCAAACCCUCUUUUUGGAUGAUUUUAAUACGGCGCUGGAUGCACUUUACGUGUGUGUCCAGCCGAUUCUGUACUCCACUCUGAGACAACAAUAUGGCACUUUGAUCCUAAUGCUCCACUUUUAUUCAGCAUAUUGUAAGUUGUCGGAUUUUAUAAUGUACUUCUGAGUUUUAAAGAUGUUUAACUUGUGAAGAACAAUGUACGACCAAAAAAGGCAUUUGAAUCACCCUUUAA